AUGAGGGAUGAAAAUGAAUCUUUGAAUCAACUUACUCUAGACAAGACAAGUGAGGUGUAUAAUUUAUUAGAAAAGCAAAGGAGAGAAUUUGAAUCUGCUAAAAAGCAGGAAAUAAAAGAGUUAGAAGCGACUCAUCUAAUGAAUCUAGAGGAACAAAGAAAGGAUAUGGAGGACAUAAAAAAGACUGAAUUAAACAAGUUUAUGCGAGAGAUGGAAAGUUUGAAAGCAUCUGCGUUAGAAAAUGAGAAAAAGCAGUAUGAAGCUAGUAAGCAUGCUGAAUUAGAAAAACAACGAUUAGAGAUGCAAGCUAUCUUGACAUUAGAAUUAGAAAAGCAAAGAGAUGAAUUUGAGAUAGCAAAAUCCGUUGAAUGUGAAAAUCAGAAAUCAGAGUUAGAGUUAACCAAGCAAAUAGAGAUAGAAGCUUUGUCUAAAUUAAUAGAUAUUCUGAAGAAAGAA